AGCGCCGGGGCCCGGGGGUCAGGCGGCGGUGCCCUCGUCAUGGCCCGCGCCCAGGCGCUGGUCCUGGCGCUCACCUUCCAGCUCUGCGCUCCGGAGACGGAGACUCCGGCAGCUGGCUGUACCUUUGAGGAGGUGAGUGACCCAGCGGUGCCCUGCGAAUACAGCCAGGCCCAGUAUGACGACUUCCAGUGGGAGCAAGUGAGGAUCCACCCUGGCACCCGGGCCUCUGCGGACCUGCCCCACGGUGCCUAUUUGAUGGUUAAUGCUUCCCAGCAUGCCCCUGGGCAGCGGGCCCACGUGAUCUUCCAGAGCCUGAGUGAGAAUGACACCCACUGUGUACAGUUCAGCUACUUCCUGUACAGCCGGGAUGGGCACAGCCCAGGCACCCUGGGUGUCUAUGUGCGUGUUAAUGGGGGCCCCCUGGGCAGUGCCGUCUGGAAUAUGACUGGAUCCCAUGGCCAUCAGUGGCACCAGGCUGAGCUGGCUGUCAGUACCUUCUGGCCCAAUGAAUACCAGGUACUGUUUGAGGCCCUCAUUUCUCCAGAUCGCAGGGGCUACAUGGGCCUAGAUGACAUUCUGCUUCUCAGCUACCCUUGCGCAAAGGCCCCCCACUUCUCCCGCCUGGGUGAUGUGGAGGUCAACGCGGGACAGAAUGCAUCCUUUCAGUGCAUGGCAGCAGGCCGGGCAGCUGAGGCCGAGCGCUUCUUCCUGCAGAGGCAGAGUGGGGUUCUGGUGCCUGCGGCCAGCGUGCGACAUAUCAGCCACCGGCGCUUCCUGGCCACUUUCCCGCUGGCAGGCGUGGGCCGUGCGGAGCAGGACCUCUACCGCUGCGUGUCCCAGGCCCCGCGCGGGGCAGGUGUCUCCAACUUCGCAGAGCUCAUCGUUAAGGAGCCUCCGACUCCCAUCGCGCCCCCACAGCUGCUGCGAGCGGGCCCCACCUACCUCAUCAUCCAGCUCAACACCAAUUCCAUCAUCGGCGAUGGGCCCAUCGUGCGCAAAGAGAUCGAAUACCGUAUGACGCGCGGCCCGUGGGCCGAGGUGCACGCAGUCAACCUGCAGACCUACAAGCUGUGGCACCUGGACCCCGACACCGAGUAUGAGAUCAGUGUGCUGCUCACUCGCCCAGGGGACGGUGGCACAGGCCGCCCAGGACCACCACUCCUUAGCCGCACCAAGUGUGCAGAGCCCAUGAGGGCCCCCAAAGGCCUGGCUUUUGCUGAGAUCCAGGCUCGUCAGCUGACCCUGCAGUGGGAGCCAUUGGGUUACAACGUGACACGGUGCCACACCUACACUGUGUCCCUUUGCUAUCACUAUAUCCCGGGCAGUAGCCACAACCAGACCAUUCGGGAAUGCGUAAAGAUGGAGCGGGGUGCUAGCCGCUACACCAUCAAGAACCUGCAGCCCUACCGCAGUGUCCAUGUGCGCCUGGUCCUCACAAACCCCGAGGGGCGCAAGGAGGGCAAGGAGGUCACCUUCCAGACUGAUGAAGAUGUGCCUGGUGGGAUUGCAGCUGAGUCCUUGACCUUCACUCCACUGGAGGACAUGAUCUUCCUCAAGUGGGAGGAGCCCCAGGAACCUAAUGGCCUCAUCACUCAGUAUGAGAUCAGCUAUCAGAGCAUCGAGUCGUCAGACCCAGCGGUGAACGUGCCAGGCCCACGACGAACCAUUUCCAAGCUUCGCAAUGAGACCUACCACGUAUUCUCCAACCUACACCCGGGCACCACCUACCUGUUCUCUGUGCGAGCUCGCACUGGCAAGGGAUUCGGCCAGGCAGCCCUCACUGAGAUCACCACCAACAUCUCAGCUCCCAGCUUUGAUUAUGCCGACAUGCCGUCACCCCUGGGCGAGUCCGAGAACACCAUCACCGUGCUUCUGAGACCGGCCCAGGGCCGAGGUGCACCCAUCAGUGUGUACCAGGUGAUUGUGGAGGAGGAGCGGCCGAGGCGGCUGCGGCGGGAGCCAGGUGGCCAGGACUGCUUCCCAGUGCCUCUGACCUUUGAGACGGCGCUGGCUCGGGGCCUGGUGCACUACUUUGGGGCCGAACUGGCAGCCAGCAGUCUUCCUGAGGCCACCCCAUUCACCGUGGGUGAUAAUCAGACAUAUCGGGGCUUCUGGAACCCACCGCUCGAGCCCAGGAAGUCCUACCUCAUCUACUUUCAGGCAGCCAGCCAUCUGAAGGGGGAAACCCGGCUGAAUUGCAUCCGAAUUGCCAGGAAAGCUGCCUGCAAGGAGAGCAAGCGGCCCUUGGAGGUGUCACAGAGGUCGGAGGAAAUGGGCCUCAUCCUGGGCAUCUGUGCUGGUGGCCUUGCUGUCCUUAUCCUCCUCCUGGGGGCCAUCAUUGUUAUCAUUCGCAAGGGGAAGCCAGUGACCAUGACCAAGGCCACCGUCAACUACCGCCAGGAGAAGACACACAUGAUGAGUGCUGUGGACCGAAGCUUCACGGAUCAGAGUACCCUGCAAGAGGAUGAGCGGCUAGGCCUGUCUUUCAUGGAUACCCCUGGCUACAGCCCCCGAGGAGACCAGCGCAGCAGUGGGGUCACUGAGGCCAGCAGCCUCCUGGGGGGCUCACCACGGCGCCCAUGUGGCCGGAAGAGCUCCCCGUACCACACAGGGCAGCUGCACCCCGCGGUGCGUGUGGCCGAUCUUCUGCAACACAUCAACCAGAUGAAGACAGCCGAAGGCUAUGGCUUCAAGCAGGAGUAUGAGAGCUUCUUUGAAGGCUGGGAUGCUACAAAGAAGAAAGACAAACUCAAGGGGAGCCGGCAGGAGUCAAUGCCUGCCUAUGAUCGGCACCGAGUGAAACUCCAUCCAAUGCUGGGAGACCCCAAUGCCGACUACAUUAAUGCCAACUACAUAGACGGUUACCACAGGUCAAACCACUUCAUAGCCACUCAAGGGCCGAAGCCCGAGAUGAUCUACGACUUCUGGCGCAUGGUGUGGCAGGAGCACAGUUCAAGCAUCGUCAUGAUCACUAAGCUGGUAGAGGUGGGCAGGGUAAAGUGUGCACGGUACUGGCCUGAGGACUCAGACAUGUAUGGGGACAUCAAGAUCACGUUGAUGAAGACGGAAACGCUGGCUGACUACGUGGUGCGAACCUUUGCACUGGAGCGGAGAGGCUACUCUGCCCGGCAUGAGGUUCGCCAGUUCCAUUUCACGGCAUGGCCCGAGCAUGGUGUCCCCUACCAUGCCACCGGGCUCCUGGCUUUUAUCCGGCGUGUAAAGGCCUCCACCCCGCCUGAUGCUGGGCCCAUUGUCAUCCACUGCAGCGCGGGCACUGGACGCACAGGUUGCUACAUUGUCCUGGAUGUGAUGCUGGAUAUGGCUGAGUGUGAGGGCGUUGUGGACAUUUACAACUGCGUGAAGACCCUCUGCUCCCGGCGCGUCAACAUGAUCCAGACCGAGGAACAGUACAUCUUCAUCCAUGAUGCAAUCCUGGAGGCCUGCCUGUGUGGGGAGACCACCAUCCCUGUCAAUGAGUUCAAGGCUACCUACAGAGAGAUGAUCCGCAUUGAUCCUCAGAGUAAUUCUUCCCAGCUACGGGAAGAGUUUCAGACGCUGAACUCCGUCACACCACCGCUGGAUGUGGAGGAAUGUAGCAUCGCCCUGCUGCCCCGGAACCGUGACAAGAACCGCAGCAUGGACGUUCUGCCACCUGACCGCUGCCUGCCCUUCCUCAUCUCCACCGACGGGGACCCCAACAAUUACAUCAAUGCGGCUCUGACUGAUAGCUACACACGGAGCGCGGCGUUCAUCGUGACCCUGCACCCGCUGCAGAGUACCACCCCUGACUUCUGGAGGCUGGUCUACGACUAUGGGUGCACCUCCAUCGUCAUGCUCAACCAGCUGAACCAGUCCAACUCUGCUUGGCCCUGCCUGCAAUACUGGCCAGAGCCAGGCCGGCAGCAGUACGGCCUCAUGGAAGUGGAGUUUGUGUCAGGCACUGCGGAUGAAGACUUGGUGGCCCGAGUUUUCCGGGUACAGAACAUCUCUCGGCUGCAGGAGGGCCACCUGCUGGUGCGGCACUUCCAGUUCCUGCGCUGGUCUGCCUACCGGGACACACCUGACUCCAGGAAGGCCUUUCUGCACCUGCUGGCUGAGGUGGACAAGUGGCAGGCGGAGAGCGGGGACGGGCGCACCGUGGUCCACUGCCUGAAUGGGGGUGGCCGUAGUGGCACCUUCUGCGCCUGCGCGACAGUCCUGGAGAUGAUUCGCUGCCACAGCCUGGUGGAUGUUUUCUUUGCUGCCAAAACGCUUCGGAACUACAAGCCCAAUAUGGUGGAGACCAUGGAUCAGUACCACUUUUGCUACGAUGUGGCCCUGGAGUACCUGGAGGGGCUGGAGUCAAGAUAGCGGCCCCUGGUCUAGAAUACCCGCUGUGCACUCAGGGCCAGGCCUGACAUCCCAGACUAGCCAGGAGGACCUGUGCUCCCAACUCUGCUUAGCCAUAGCCCGAUGGGGAAAGUGCUGGAGUUGACUGCUAGGUCAUCCUGGUGUCCCCAGGGACUGGCUGUGGGCCAGGGAGGAGAUUGGCAAGACUGCAGUCCAGCGCUACCUGCAGACCUGUGCUGAGAGGCUUGGCACCGCCUGCCACAGUGACAGGAGAAGAAAAGCCAGCUUGUUCCACUUGGUUCCAGCCCAGCCCUUGGCAGAGAAGAGUGAGGUCCUGCAAAGAGUGUCUCAGGCCAAAGUUUCUACCCUGCAGGGUCUGGGGUGUGGCAUCUUGAGUCCCUUGUGGUUGAGCUUCCCUGAGAGUGCUGAUUUUCCAGUGGGACACACUGACCACCCUCUUCAGGGGAAUUGCAGUGCUCGCCCUGUAAUUCCUGGGGUAUUGGCUCACCACCUUCCCCACUUCUGCUUUCCUGACAUGUGCUCUGAGCUUCCUGGGACAGGAUCUGUCCAUCCCUGCCAUAACCUGUGUGGGCUCCUUUCUGGCCUGGCCCCGAGUCUGCAGAAUGAAGCCACCUCAGCUCUUCCUUUCCUUAGCCUUCAGGACUCUUAUCACUUGGUUCUGCCAGUGUGGGCCGGUGAUGAUCUACAAGGUUGAACCACAGUUCCUGGGGCUGAAGUCCCUAUGGGUUGUGGUCAGGCUGCUCACUGGGGAGAGGGUAGUGCCGGGGCAGAGCUGGUCACAACCCGUAGAGUUCAGAGGAAGGAGGGGUACUGGGAGAUGGAGGAUCAGUGUUUUUUAUUUUUUUUGGUUGUUUAUUUUGUUAUUUUUUUGAUGGGUGGGUGGGAAGGUCUCUUUAAAAUGAGGCAGGCCACACCCCCAUUCCGUGCCUCAAUUUCCCCAUCUGUAAACUGUAGAUAUGACUACUGACCUACCUCUCAGGGGGCUGUGGGGAGGCAUAAGGUAAUGUUUGUAAAGCGCUUUGUAAAUAAACGUGCUCUCUGAAUGCCA